CAUCUCCUGGAUAUGUACUGAACCUACAAAAAAAAGAACAAAACAGCAGUGGAACCGGUAGAGGGGGCCAUAACACAAAGCUCCCCGUUUGAGUCUGACUCGCAUGGUUGCGUCUACCCCGUUACAGCCUGGUAUAAGUGAAAACCAGCCCGCUUUCAGCAGCUCCAGCGUUAUAACACGGACCAAAGUUAUCCCGGAAUAAGGACAGCACGCAUGUGCCGUCAACCCGGAUGUAGAUAUCUUAGUGCGCGUCUAUUCCCCGUUUCUCCAAGUUAUGACAACAUUUGCUGUGAGAAAGAUUUAAAGAUCUUAACCCCAGCUGGACAAACCUUUGCCGCCCCAAACCUGUCCAAACCGGGUUAACCAUCCGUGACAUGUAUCGGGCUACGUGGAUGUCACAUGAGAGUGACAGAAAUGAGUGUUCUCAUUUCGGAGGGCUGCAUUUUUGAUUUAAGGUGAGAGCACAUACAGUGAGUUGGUAUAACCUACACUUUUACUGCAUGAGUAAUGCAUUUAAAAUCCAGCGUGUGUCGGCGUGCCUGAAGUUGGCCUGACAGAGGCCGGCUGCUCGUUUUCGCUAUCAUCAUCCCGUGUUGCAGAAAUCCUCCUCUAACUUAGACGAUGGACUUCCGCGGCAGGAGGCAUGAGCGAGGCAGCAACUGGACUGACCCGGAGAUUGUGGAGCUGCUCCAGCUGUGGUCCGACGAGUCGGUGCAGAUUGAACUGGAGAGUUCACUGCGCAACCAGCGCGUGUUUGACCGCAUCGCCCACAUUUUGCGUGAAAAGGGCAUCUACCGCACAGGAGACCAGUGCAGGGAGAAGAUUAAAAAGAUGAAGCUGGAGUACCGCCGCAUCAAGGACAACCACAAAAUGAGGUCUUGGAAGUUUUAUGAUGUGAUGGACAGAGUGCUGGCGAAUCGGCCGGCUAUUACCUACUCCUCCCUAGGCGGAGCUGUCAUAGCUCAACAGGUGUUCCAGAGCUCUGGGGCACCUGAGGCAUACCUGCAAGGAGUGCCAGCGGGCUCUUUUGGUCCUGCUUCCUCCGGUGGGUUUCUCUUUGGCCAGCCUCCAAAAGCUGGAGAUCCGCUGGAUAUCAAAUGUGAAGAUGUGGAGGAGAGCAUGCUGAACUCCGGAGAGGCACCGCCUGAGAUGUACUACGGUUCUGGAGAUGAUCAGGAAACUGAUGGGCAGUCUCUGCUGGAGCCAGAAGACACCCUGGGCCAAGCCGAGAGCACACUUAAUACAAGAAUUUCACCUUCAGGUUUUAGUGACCUGAACAUGACUGGCUCUGCUACAGCCACCACCUUGGCUGCUGGUGGUCCCGUGUCACACGACACAUCCGACGAACCCAGAAAGGAGGGUUCUCGUCAACAGACCUCAGUGAGACAGAGGAAGCGGCGCCGGGGUGGUAAAACAUCAUGGUGCCAUGGGGGCGGUAGAUGUGGUGGUCAGGAGAGACUGGAUAAAGCCCUAGCCAGCUUCUUGAGCUGGCAGCAGUCUGCAGAGGAGCGUCUCCUCUCACUGGAGGAGGCGCGGCUGGAGAGAGAGCUGCAGGCGGAGGAGCGCAGGGAGCAGCGGGAGGAGAGGAGGGCAGAACAAGAGCGUCAGCAUGAGCUCCGCCUGUUCAGCAUGCUCACGGGGGUGUUGCUCGCUGUCAGAGAGGGUACACAAACCACAACACAAAGCGACCCCGCCACCUCACCCUUAGCUCGUUUUUCAGCUUCGCUGAUGACAACGCCUGCCCCCUCUGCUCCUUCAUCUUCAUCCCAGCCACCUCCAGAAGCUCCCACGACAGAGUCUAUUUUUAAUCAGGAGACAAAAAAGUCACAGCUCACAUCUGUCAAGGCCUGCAAAAUGUCUCAGAAUGCUUUGGAAACACUGAGGGGUGAGGAAGGUCCCGGCAAUAGCGUCUACCUGUCUGAGCGUGGUAAUAGCAUCCGACUCCAUGAAGGUAUUCUCCAGGAGGGCUACAUCCAAUAUGGAAUGGACCGGCACCAUGAUACAGACAACCCUGAUGGUAUCAUCAACAUGGGGACCAGUGAGAACAAACUUUGUUAUGAUCUUCUUCAUAAACGGCUGACCAAGCCUGACAUGCUGCACAUCAACCCAUCCUUGUUGCAGUAUUCAGACUGGAGGGGGCACGCUUUCCUCAGGGAGGCAGUUGCAAAAUUCCUGACUCACUACUGUUGUUCUCCAAACCCAUUAAAAGCUGACAACGUUGUGGUGAUGAAUGGCUGUGGUUCCCUGUUCUCAUGUAUUGCUGCAGUCAUUUGUGAUCCUAAAGAUGCCAUCCUUAUUCCGACUCCUUUCUACGGCGUCAUCACUGAAGAUCUUCAUCUGUAUAGUGAUGUAAAACUCUUCCACGUUCCCCUUGAUUGUGAGGCUGAUGGCAAAGAUAACCGACCCUUCCGCCUCACUGUAGGGAAACUAGAAGAAGGUCUGCAAAGAGCUAAGGAAGAGGGGUUGACAAUUCGCGGCGUUAUCCUGAUGAACCCCCACAACCCUCUGGCUGAAAUCUACAGCCUGAAGGAAAUGAUUACCUUCCUGGAGUUUGCCAAAAGAAAUGCUCUCCAUGCCAUUGUAGAUGAAGUGUACAUGCUGACAGUGUUUGAUGAAUCUGUCACCUUUCAGAGUGUCCUCAGUGCAGACAGUUUGCCCGACCCACAGAGGACGCAUGUAAUGUGGGGAAUGAGCAAGGACUUUGCAAUGGCAGGAAUCAGAAUAGGCACUUUAUAUACUGAGAACAGAGACCUCGUGGAGGCUUUGGCCAAAUUGGGCUCUUUUCAUGGUGUCCCUGGGACUACCCAGCACCAGGUUGCACAACUGCUUCAGGACAAAGAGUGGAUCAAUGAGGAAUUUUUGCCUGAGAACAGACGCAGGCUGAAAGCUGCGUGCAGCUACAUGACUGGAGAGCUGCUCAGUAUGGGCAUCCCGUUUCUAGACAGGCCUGCGACACUCUAUGUCUGGGCUGACCUUAGAAAGUAUCUCCAAGAGUCAUCGUUUGAGGAGGAGCUGUCUCUGUGGAAGUGUUUCCUCAGGCACAAGGUGCUGCUGAGUUGUGGCCAAGCGUUCUGCUGUUCAGUGCCCGGGUGGUUCCGCAUCGUCUUUGCAGACCAACAGCACCACCUUCAGCUUGGCCUUAAGCGAAUUAGAGAGGCUUUAAAAGAAACUGAAGAAAAAAUGAGAGUCCCGGACAUCAAACAAACCAGUGAGGAGAGCCAAAAGCCAGUAAAAAAGGACAAUGCAGGUUCAGACAAUGCUGCUACUGUCAAUCCAAAAGCCUUAGCCGAGAACAAUUCAUCAGAUCAGCUGAAGGAGAGGGAUAGCCCUGUUCCUGACACAGGCUCACUGGCCACUGAAGACUGCCAAGCCUCUAAGCCCGCAGAGAGUCUUGACACGCUGAUCGGUACUCUCAGGCAUCAGAUCCGUUCCUCCGAUUGGCUGGAGAAAAGCACUCCAGAGCUGUCUGCUGGGGAGGACCCGGAAAUUUUUGAUGUGUUCAAGGUCCUGCUGCAAAGAGCCAGAAAGUAAGCUUAGGAUUAAACAGGCACGGAUGUGACUGCCAAAUUUCAAGAGGCAGUACUUAAGCAUCCCUCUUGCUUCCUGUGUUUAUGGUGAAAAGCUUGACACAAACACCUGACACAAGGUCAGCUCUGAUGUCUGUUUUUGAGGAAUGAAAUAGCUGAGAGCAGGUUAAAGAGAAGUGAAGAAAAAACCCGGCCUGGCAUUAAGAACAGCACGGAUACUUUUCUGUAUGCGUCUCGAGGCCUUAUUGUUAAGCUGAGAAGUGGAUUUAUUUGCUGAUAUUCUAAGUGGAUGCCAAAUAUAACAACCAAAAAUCAGACGUGUCCUAACAUCAAACACUACAGAUCUCUUUUCUUAUGAAUUGUAAAUUUUUCUUAUUAUCAUCUUACGCGGUUUAUUUUGUCAAAAUGAAUUGUACUUGCUGUAAAGUUAAUAGUCCACAAAUAAAUACAGGAAGUAUUA